AUGGCGCUGGCUGCGCUGCUGCCUCUGCUGCCACUGACAAAUGCUCGACAUUUGCACGAUCAGCUGUCGUUGGCCUAUGAAGAUGUUAGUUCCAGUUCCAGUUCCAGCUCCAGCUCCGGCUCCAGUGACAGCUCGCUGCCUGCCUGGCACGCCAAUCCCUUCCAUGGUCUCGAGCAGAGCAGCUACGACAGCAGCGACGACAGCAGCGGCGACGUCAGCAGCAGGGAAUAUGUGGAGAGCGAGAGCAGCUACGAGGAAAUUGCUCAGGCAGCAGUAAAUGCAGCGAUGCGGGAGCUGCGUCGUCAACGGAUCCGACAUCGACGCAGUCACGAAUUCAGAUUCUUUGUCCGGUCGCAACAUGAGGCAGCUGAGGCAGCCCCCGAGUGGGAGAAUCCUUGCGGCGGUGUUUAUCAGCCGGAUGCGGGUCAGACCGCCGAAUCGGACAGCUCCAGUCACGGACGUGUCAUCAAGCGCAAGUAUCUGAUUGCAUUGCGAAACAACACGAUGCGUGAAUAUGACUAUAUGCAUAACUCUGCCACUCUGGACUAUGGCAAAACUGAGCAUUGGGAGCAUGAGUACAAGUUCCUGCCAAACAUGACGCGUCCCACAAAUGCGGUGAAGCUCAAGACCUGGUACCGUCACAUGCAGACAUUCGUUGGCAGUUUCGCUCAUCUGGGCAAGGCGCAUUACAGAUACCGCAAGGAGCAUCAACUGAGCCUGGAUGCGAGCACCCACGAGUUGCACGACCUGCUUGUCAGCGCCCGUAGUGUUCUCUGCGAUAUUGAGACGACCAUCAACUCAUCGUAUCCGAACAGUCACGGUGCAAAGCUCACUCAGGUGAGCAAGGAGGCGAUGAGCGAACGGCUCAAGUUCUACACUCCGGCUGAUGGCAGCAAGGAGUCCAAUCUGCGUGAUCUCAAGUUUAGCAAGCAGCUGUACCUUCAGUAUCUGGACAACAUGUGGAAGACACUGCGUCGAUCCCUUCGCAAGCAGCACAGGAGCAGCAUGGAGCGUAAACAUCAUGCCUCAUCUGCCACUUCCGUAUCCGGUUCCAAUUCCAAUUCCAAUUCAGCGCAAAACUUCAGCCUCGAGAGCUCCGAAAGUGGCUCAAUGGCAGCGGCAGCUGCGGCUGUUGCUGCCACGGGUUAACGUGCAACUUGC